CGAUUGUUACACUGCAGAGAAAAGAUGAAGUUGGAGCCUUAGGGACCUCUCGCCUCCAUCAUAGUUGGUUUCGUCUUGGUGGCCUUGACGUCGGGCUGAGUUGGUGUUGAGUUGAAUUUCAUCCAAGUCUUGUCAUCUCAUCGUGACUAAGGUGGUGUUGAAGUCUCGUUGCCUUGCUUCCAUGAUGAAGUCUUGAUCACAUCAGUGAUGCCCCCCCCCCCCAAGUGGCUCCAUACUUAGCUUCUUUGUUGCUCUCGUCUUAUUGAGCACUUCGAUGCAACUGUCUUGUUAGUUAGGCCUUGGUACUCGCAUUGAUGGAUGGCCCCUUACCUACAAAGAUUUCAUGCUUAGUUUUGGAGAGCUCAACCUGGUACCAUCUUGUAGGUUUGGUACCACAUUCAUCUCGUCAACUUGUCACCUAGAUAACUUGCCACCAAGCUCAUCUCAUCGGCUUGAAACCUUUUGACUUGCCACCAAGCAUAUCUCGUUGAGUUGAUACCCUGCCAUACCGCCUUGCCAAAAAGUCCAUCUUGCCAAUAAGUUUGUCUCUUCGGCUUGAUACCAUUCGACUCGCUAGCAAGUUCAUCUAGUCAACUUGUCAACAAGUCUAUCUCAUCGGCUUGAUAUAUACCAUCCUUCUUGCCACUAAAACCUUAUUGCUAGUUUGUUAACAAGUCCGUCUCGCCGGAUGGUACCUUGCUUGACAAGUCUCUUCCUCUAGGGUUUCAUACUUAGUAUUGCGAAGUUAGGUUCACACUAUCGGGCUUGUCACAUAACCCAGGUGUGACCCUUCUUAUGAACUAGCCACCAAGCAUGUGCCAUCAACUUGAUACCUUGUUGCUUGCCGGCUUGAUACCAUGCCAGCUUGCCACCGAAACCUUAUUGCUAGUUUGCUAACAAGUCUGUCUCAUCGACUGGUACCUUACUUGAUAAGUCUCCACCUCUUAGACUCUAUGCUUAAUUUUUUGGGAAGCUAAAUAUUAUACCAAUGGGUUUGUCAUACUUUCAUCUUAUAGCCUAUAUAGACGGGCUAACCGCCUUGGUCAGGAGUGACCACUUAGGCUAUAGAGAGGUAGCUCGGUCAUUUAGGUCCAACAAACCAACCCAAUAAUGACGAAGUAUUCAUUUAAUAUUUGAUCUUGAUGUGGCCUUAUAAAGUAAUUAAAUUCCUUGUAAUUAAUUAAUGCGAUACAAAGUUAACUUUUAGGGUAAAAUGACAGCAUGAUACAAAUGUAUGAUAAACCCGACGAUAAUAUAGAUUUUGGAUACGAAUCCGCACAUAAAUUGUUUCUACCUCUCAAGUCCUCCAAGCAAUUGAACUCAAUCUCUACUUCACGUUUUGUUUCUUUCUCUCAACGUAUUUCAGAUCCCGAGCUUUUGGCUAGAUCGUUGGGGGGUAAAUCAAGAGUUACCUUCGUCUUUUCUCAACUAUCCUCCACCCUGAAACAGUCGGAUGAUCGAAACGUGAAUGAGGGCCCUUACAUCGAACCAUUGUUCCGUCUCAAGAGUUACUAGGUAUAAACCGUAGUUGAUGAGUAAGUGUUAUAUGAAGGAAAUUUGAUGGAAUAUCGAAUCUGAACUUCAAAUGUAAUUCAAGUGACUUCAACACUUUAGCCAACAACCGAGCAUGAGAAGAAAUAUAUGGUUCAUGGUAGUGCUGAAACUUGGUUUUCAUCGUUUCAAUAAUGGCCCAUUCCAUUGCACCAUAAAGACUGGCUUUGCACAAGACACAGAAGGACUCCUUUUUCUUUUUUCUCUGUUGCUCCAAGGCAGCAGGAAGGACGAGGAGAUCACAUGGAAGAUUUUGGUCCACCUUCACCAAUUCUCUUCCAUUUAGAUCCACAUAUCAAAUAAUUGUCUUUCUGAGGCUGUCCCAUUCCUUUUCCCUUUUUCAUUCAUCGUGGACCUUCUUGCCAUUUCUACACACACAGCUUCUCUUCCCAUCUUUUCCAUUGUCUCAAUCGAGAUUUCAUAAGAGGAUGCAAAUAAUGCAAAGCUGGCCACCCGAGUGAGGGGGCUCACAGCAUUCAUCGUUGCAAAAUAAUGAAGGUGGCCACAUGAUUUUUUGUCACAUGACUUGCCAUUAAUUAUGUUUUGGUGGCCCCUCGAGUUAUUGGGAGUGUUUCGACAAUGGAUCUUGUAUCAUUUGCUAACAUGCUCAUUGUUACGACGGAAUGAGAAAUGGACAAUACGAGAAAGUAAAGAACACAUAGAUAUACGUGAUUCACUAAAAUGAUGUGUGAUACCUAAUCCACGGGCAAGAGAGAUCGGUUUCACUAUACUUGAGAAGAUACAGAUUACAGAGAGAUGAGAACACACACACACACACAUAUAUAUAUGGUGGCGUCUUUGGUGCACUCACUUUUUUUGGUGCAUUCAGUGCACUCGCUUCAUAACCGUCAUUUUAAACAUGCGAUCAAAAUUAUGUCAAUCAUCACUUAUGAUAUGACGAACAAUAACGCACAUGAAUUUGCACAAAAACCAUUGAAGAUUUACUUUAAUUUGAAGGAUUUAGAGUUUAGAGAUUUAGGGUUAGGCUUAGGGUUUACAAUUUGGGGUUUAGGAAUAGAACUCAAAAUGGGAGGUCUAGGGCUUAGGGUAGUCCGCUAAUUAGUUGUUAUCAUAUGUUAUAUCAUAAUAUUACACUAAUUCUACAAAUUAAAAUUCAAAAUCAGACACUUUAAAACUAGUUUUUGAGUUGGGUGUAUUGAACGCACUCUUUUUUGUGAGUGCACCGGAGUAGUCACCAUAUAUAUAUAUAUAUAUAUAUAUAUAUAUAACACUUUCUCCACAUGGCCUAACCCUAAUCCAACAUGAAAAGGAAAAAUGGUAAAACCAGGCCGAAAAUAGAACAUAAUGGAUCUUAUACUAUUUGCUAACAGUGAGGCCCUCGUGGCUUCCAGUCAGUGAAAGAUAAUCUAUUUUCGAACCAUAGCAACACCCUCGCUCAAGCGAAAGUCAAUUCAUAUGAUCUUGAAAUUUGCACAUAUAACAAAUGAAGGUCGUCGGGAUUCGAACACAAGACAUAUCGACCAUCGAACACUCUCAUACUAUGUCAAUAACCGCUUAGUUCUAAUAACUCGAGCUAUUGAGAGAUGCCGAUGAAGAGUUUUUUUUUACCAUUACCAACAAAAGACUUUACUCACCCUUCACAUAAAAUCAAAGAACGGUUGUUAAAGCAAAAUGACAUCAAGAAGAAACCAGAAGGAUCCCACUGAAAUGACUGUUAGCUUCAUAUGUUGGACAUGCACGUGUUGUAUAUAUAUCCUCUCGUUCACACAAUGGUUGUUACAAAAAAAAAUGCCCAAUUCAUAGUGUCCAAUUAUAUUACUGGCUGCUGGAAACACAGUUCCUUUGUUACACUUGACAAUGAAAGGGCAAAGGAGCUAGGUUCAUGUGAUAAGAAGAACCUCAUAUGUUCGAAGACUCGUUUUACUUAUAUAACUUAUUAUUUCUUUUCCUCAAUCAUUCAAUAUCACGGGGCCAUAAUGUCUUGGAAUUGAUAGAAGGACAGAUAGUGAUGGCGGUAGUUGGAGAAAUAGUACUAGUUCAAUUAUGUUCUCAAUUUGCAAUUGUUCAAUCGUGUUGAGGUAGAAAACAUGCAUGUGAAUUUUGGCAUUGCUAACUUGGAUGGUUCUACGGUGUUACCACUAGAUAGAUAGAAAUGAAAAGCACGAUUCAAA